GGGGAGGGACGCGGGGCGGGGCCGGGGUCUGGGGUCCGGUGGGCGCGCGGCCCGGCUCCAGGGUCCGACUCCCGUUCCCGGCCCUGGCCCCGGACCCGCGGCGCGCAGGCCUCCCCUCCCGCGCGUUUGCCAACUUUGCUAAGUGCUGGGGCCGCCAGGCGCCCCGCGCUCCCCGUCGGGAUUCCGGUGGACCCACCGCGCCUCCGCCGCCCGCGAGCCCCCCGGCGGGGCUGGGUCAGACCCCGGGCGGGAUUUGAACCCCCGACGCGGACCCGCCUGGCGCAAACUGGGCGCAGGGUGGGUGGGUCCGCCGGGGCCUAGAGAGCGUCGGGGCUGAUCCCAGCAGAGUUGGACCAGCCUCUGCCGGGCACGAAGUUACUUCUGGAGCCUCCUCCCUCGUCCUGGAAACAAGCGGGGGGCCAGCUGUGUUUUGGAAUCCAGAAUUUUUGCGAUUUGAGGAUCUGUGGGAUUUUGGACUGUGAUGUUUGAUCACACCCACCCAGGACUGUCUGGACAACAGAUAGCUUCGUGUCAGGCCAAACCAGGAAGGAAGAAACUUGGCUUUUGGAGCUUUUUUUGACGUUGGAGUGGUGGAUGAGCCUGUGUGGACCUAACUUUCACCUUAGAGGGUCCCGGUGAAGAUGGAAAGAGAUAACAUAGGCGAAGGCGCGGCGGCUGCGAGGUGCUCAGUCGAUGGGACUCAGUGCGUGACUUCUGUGUGCAGAAGUUAAGACAGGCAGGCAGACUCAAGAGCGGAUCCUCUCUGGGCCGCAGGGGCCCAUAGGAAAAGGCCUCCUCGCUGGGGAGGCAGAGUCCUCGCGUGGUCUCCUGCCUCGAGCACAGCCUGUGCCCUGGGGAGCCUGGCUUGCAGACAACAGCAGUGGUGUCCAUGGGCUCUGGAGACCAUCAGUUCAACCUCGCAGAGAUCCUGUCACAGAACUACAGUGUUCGGGGAGAGUGUGAGGAGGCCUCGAGGUGCCCAGAGAAGCCCAAGGAGGAGCUGGAGAAGGACUUCAUCUCCCAGAGCAACGACAUGCCCUUCGAUGAGCUGCUUGCACUCUAUGGCUACGAGGCAUCAGACCCCAUUUCAGACCGGGAGAGUGAGGGUGGUGACGUGGCCCCUGACCUCCCGGACAUGACCCUGGACAAGGAACAAAUAGCAAAGGAUUUGCUUUCAGGGGAAGAAGAGGAAGAGACACAGUCAUCUGCUGACGACCUCACCCCGUCCGUGACCUCCCACGAGGCCUCCGACCUCUUCCCUAACCGGAGUGGAUCUCAUUUCCUGGCUGAUGAAGACAAAGAGCCGGGCUCUUCUGCCUCCUCCGACACCGAGGAGGACUCUCUUCCUGCCAACAAAUGUAAGAAGGAGAUCAUGGUGGGACCUCAGUUCCAAGCUGACCUCAGCAACCUGCACUUGAACCGGCACUGUGAGAAGAUCUACGAGAAUGAAGACCAGCUGCUCUGGGACCCCAGCGUCCUCCCCGAGAGGGAGGUGGAGGAGUUCCUGUACAGGGCGGUGAAGCGGCGUUGGCAGGAGAUGGCUGGGCCUCAGCUCCCGGAGGGAGAAGCCGUGAAAGACAGUGAGCAGGCGCUGUACGAGUUGGUGAAAUGCAACUUCAAUGUGGAGGAGGCCCUGCGAAGGCUGCGGUUCAACGUGAAGGUGGUCCGAGAUGGGCUCUGUGCUUGGAGUGAAGAGGAGUGCAGGAACUUUGAGCACGGCUUCCGUGUGCACGGAAAGAACUUUCACCUGAUCCAGGCCAACAAGGUGCGCACACGGUCCGUGGGUGAGUGUGUUGAGUACUACUACCUGUGGAAGAAGUCGGAGCGCUAUGACUACUUCGCCCAGCAGACACGGCUGGGCCGGAGGAAGUACGUCCCAUCCGGAACCACGGACACAGACCAGGACCUGGAUGGCAGCGACCCCGAUGGCCCCGGCCGUCCGCGCCCGGAGCAGGACACCCUGACUGGGAUGCGCACAGACCCACUGAGUGUGGAUGGCACGGCCGGUGGUCUCGGUGAGCCUGGAGUGGCCUCUGAUGGCCUCCCGUCCUCGGAGCCAGGGCCCUGUUCCUUCCAGCAGCUGGACGAGCCCCCCGCUGGACCCCCGUCCCGUCAGCCUCCAGCCCUGGCCGACCCAGCCUCGUACCCGCCGGCUGUCAUCGCUCCGGAGGCAGACGCCAGCCCAAGGCUGGCUGUGGACUUCGCCCUGCCCGAGGAGCUGCCUCUCAUCUCCAGCCGUGUGGACCUGAGCGGGGACCCGGAGGGGACAGUGGCCCCUGCGCAGGUGGCUUUGUCGGUCACCGAGUUUGGACUCAUUGGCAUUGGGGACGUGAACCCCUUCCUGGCCGCCCACGCCACGUGCCCGGCCCCCGGGCUACACUCGGAGCCCCUGUCACACUGUAACGUGAUGACCUGCUGACUCCUGGCCGCGGGCGGCGUAUGCGGCCCAGACUGGACUUGGCACUGCCGCUGGGCCCGCCUCUGUCAGUCUUCCUGACCCCUUCCCCCACCCUGGGCCUUGGGGUGGCACCUCCUCUGCUUCUGAACACGUCAGGACUGGUGUGAGGUGGCUGGGCCAUGCGCCCUUGCCCCGGCCAUGCAGACUGGACCCAGAGCCACACCCAACGCCGUCAGCGCCCGGCACUGCCACCCGGGUCCAGGCUGCUGCCUGCACGUGGGAUCCGUCAGGCAGCCGUGGACAGAAAAGACCCGGCCUUUGGGACGCAGGGCAGAGCCGGCCACCUGGUCCCUUCCAGCCAGCAGAGGCGAGGGAAGGUGUCACUGCCCCGGCGGGGAGACGGGCAGGACGCCCCGCCCCGCACCAGCAGCCUCCGCUGGGCGCCCUCUGCUCCCUGCUUGGCUCUGUCUCUCCACACCUGGCAGGGCCACGGGCUGCCCCAGCCCUGGGGGUCGUGGGCAGCUGCUACUCAGUGCCAACCCCGUGGGGCACAGAGCCAUAUACCUCGCUGUCCGGCCCCCAGCCCGGCCUCCCCUCCCACCCCAUCGUCUCCACUUCAGGAAAAGCCGCACUUUACACCCCCACCUGCCUCUUCCCCUCCAUCCCUGCUUCCCCAUCCUGAGCGGUUGGGGUGGGGGCCCCUCAGCAACCCCAGGCGUGGGUUUGAGGAGACAGGUGACUUACACCCCCUUUGCUGUCCUCCCCUGGUACCAAGGCAGGGAGCCUCGAGAGGAGCUGGCCCUGCCGGCCAUGCAGGGCCCAGACUCCAGCCUGUUCCCCCAGCCCUGCAGGUCUUCCUUCUGUGGGAAGCUUCCCAGCAAGAUGGCUUGGAGUCCUGGUCCCUCUUCCCCGGCCCCUUGUCCGUUUCUGUUUCUGUUUACACGUUGGCGUGGGGUCCUCCGUGGGCCGCGGCGCGCCCUGCCCCGGGCGUCGUCCAGCCUCCUGUGCUCGAGCCCCUUUCCGAGUUGGACUCGACCAUCCCUCACCCCACCAAGGACCACACUGUGAAGUGAUAACUGCCUUGAACCCCCCCUUGCUGUUUUAUUUAUUAAACUUGAUUUGAAGCCCG